AUGGGCAGCUCUCUAUCGCUCCCAAAUAGAGACAAACGCCGACGAUCGAAUCGACUUUCAAAACCACCACAGAAUCAAUCAGUUCCAGGCUGUCCUAGCUCGCGCUCAUUGCCUCAGCCUGCCGAGCGAGCGCUAUCGCUCCCAUCUACCCCAACUGCAAGGCAAACCCCCUGGACGGGUGUUUCUGUUCCUGUCGACUCUGAUGAUUUUGUGCUGCACAACCCGCGGUCACAGUCAUUUUCCGCUAAGCCAUUGAGUCGCGAAGCGACGUUAAGAUCAUCUGUCGCUCGGCGAAGCAUUCACAACACAGCGCAUGAGGAUGUCCUGCCUAGGGACGUGAAGCUGUUGCCACAGUGUCGCCCAACUACGCCCAGUGAUUUUGGGUACACCCACCUAGGUUCCCUCAAACUAGGAUCUUUACGUGUUGUCAACGGAUCCGCAUCCCCUUGUCCCAGUGACCGGACGCGUCUUGACCAAUCAGGAAGCCCAGCUUUGGAGGUCAUCCCUGACAUCCUAAACUUCAAGGAUUCUUUCAGUAUUGGGACCGCCCCGUCUUCAGAGGCGUACGCCAAAUAUCAAUCAAUCCUCGACGCUACAAAUCCCGACCAUGUCGGGAAUCCACAAAAUGAAACAUGCCCAAACGCUCUGGUCCAUUCGGUUUCCUCCGCAAUUAAUGGUAUGCCGGUGACUAUUUUGGACAUUUCGUGUGCCACAUCAGCUGGGGAUGAUAUCGACGUUCCCGCUAGUCCUUUCUCCUUUGAAAAGUCGCCCACAACGACAUCAUGCCGCGGGAUGGACUUACGUGAGGCCGACGAUGAGGGUAUAUCCGUUUAUGACAGAGACCGACAGCUGCGCAAGCUCUCAUAUACGAGGAGACAGCGGCUACAGCUCCGCGGCCUCGCAUCGGAAUUCCAGUGA